AUGGGGGAGCCCCCAAACCCUGAAAUCCUCAGCCCACGCAAAGCGACCCACCCACCUCAAACCCGAGGAGGUGCUGGGGGGGGGGAGGGGGGAGGCCAGGGACCUGGGACGCCUCGGGGAGCGCAAGGGUGUAGUGCGAAGUGCAGGAAAAGGAGUCCCCCCCCCCACCCGCGGUCUCGGAACACCCCAGUGCCCUCUCAACACAGCCCCACGGAGGGGGCCGCGGGGAGGACGGCGGAAAUCCCCCGUGCACCCGCUCCCCGGGAAGUUCUCGGGUGUUACCUCAGCACCCCUAAGGCUGCACCUCCCCUCGCCCGCCCGCUGGCGGCCAGAAGAGAGGGGUCAGCGGGCGGGUGCGAUGCCAAGUCGGGAUCCCCCCGCCGCUGGGCGCCGACCAAGCGGGUCGAGCCCGGGGCAUCCCCGCGCAGCGCAGACAGGCGGCGGGGGUGGGGGGUGGCGGUGACGGGCGUCCCGGUCUCCGGGGUCCCGACGGCUACGGCUAAGUGCAGCGCCCUGCCCCUGCCCGCGCCCAUCACGCGGGAUCAGCGAGGCAAGAUCCGCCGUGGGACACUGGCCCUGCGCCCCCCCCCCCCCGGGACCCCCAUCCCCCCCGGGACCGGCGCAUCCGGACCCCCGACUCCGGCCUCCCCGCCCCCAGAAACCCCGACGAGCUUUGUUAACUCCCCAGCACGCCCGGCGCCGCCGUCGGGCGACCCGGAGGACCACGCGCCCCCUGCCUCCCGCCGCGUCCCCCUCGAGAGUCGAGGCCGCACCUGUGCCCGCCGCCGCCGCUCGCCCGCUCCCCUCGGCUCUGCCGGCGCCGCUCCGAACCCCACACACAUCGCUACACACAGCCCUCUGACGUCACCGAGUCCUCGGCCCGCCCACGUCACUGCGGAGACACACGGCUUCCCGCAGACGCCGCCGCCGUCUCCGGCCGCCCGGGGGAGAGCGAGGGCGGCGGGGGGGGGGGGGAGAGCGAGGGCGGCGGAGGGGGGGAGGGGAGGGGAGGGACGGGGAACGGAGCCAGCAGCGGCCCCGCGCGCGCGCGCGCGCGGGCCCGCCGCCGCCACCUCGCGACUCCCAGCCCCUCGGGGACGCGCGCGCCGUCUGGCCUAUUGUGGCUCCCGAGGGCUCCCCCGGCCCGUCGUCUGGCGCGCGCGCCCCUCCCCCCCAGGCGCGCGCCCGGCGUUCCCAGCCCCGCGCGCCGUCUGGGCGGCUGGCGCGCGGCGCUUCGCCCAGCCGGCUGUCUGGGGCCGCCACCGCCCCGCCCCCGCCCCACCCGCGGCUCGGUGGAGACGGGCCAGACCCGGGGGCGCCCUGGCCGCUCGGCCGCCGCGCUGCAAGGAGAGAGGGGGCAGGGCGGCCGCGCGGUGCACUGUGCGCGACCCCAGCAGCCGGCGGGGCGGAGGCAGGGCCCGCCCGGCCGAGCGCCACCGCCCGAGGUCAGGCACGGGCGACCCUCCCCCCGCGGGGCCGCAGCUGGGCUGCCCCGCCCCGGAGGCAGCCGGGUGGCAGCCGCCCAGCCGCGCCCCUGGUGUGGGCCCUGCGCGCGGGGGCUGCCUCCCGCCCCCGCGGGGCCUCCCGCCCGAGGGCCGCCCCGCCAGCUGCCGGCGCAGCGCUGCGCUCCGCCCCACGCCCGCCGCCCCCGCCUCGCCCGGGCGGCCUCCGCCCAGACGCCUUCCCCGGGCUGACCUCCUCCGCCAUCGGGCCGGGCCGGAGGGCUGGCCGGAGUUCCGGCAAAACCCAGAGAAAACAUUUUCGUCUCCACUCCUCGGCCUCCCUCCCCCCACCCCCCACCCCCUCAGCAGACUGCUCUCUCGGUUCCAAAAGGGAGGUAGAAAUUACAUGUUUCUACAGUGUUUCCUGAGGGGUUUGGGGUUUUGUUUUGGAAGCGCACAAGAGAUGAGACGAGGAAAGCGACGACUGAAGAGCUUUCGGCUGUGA